AUGUCCGACAGCGAUACAGUUCCAUUGCAGUACACUCAAAAUGCCAUUCCAUCCGAGGGCGUGAAUGUAGCAGAGGACGCCAAGACAGCGUCAGAAGAUAAACGCAGAAAGCUGAGGAUCGUUACUUACAGCGUUUCAGAUAUGGUCUGUACUAAGUUGCUUGACUGCUCUGACUACUCGCUUACAUGCAAACACAGGGAUUGUGGUGCAAAAGUCUGGAGACCAUAUGAUCCAUCGUUCAUCAAGCCUGUCCCUCAGCAUGAGGAUCUGAACAACUACUUUUAUCUUGACAUCCGAUAUCGAAAUGAACAAUCACCCCCUGAACUAGUUGUGAGCAACUUCAGCAGAGUAUUGAGUGAUUUCCUUCGCGUCGCCUUGGCAGCUACGCCAUCGAGGGUAGUUUCUUCAAAAAAAACCCGAAGUAUUUUCUUUUGGAUUUUUUUUGCGAGAAUAGAUGACCUUCGGGCUGAUCUUGCUGACGUCCGCGAUGUUCUUGCUUCAAACUUGGCUGGUGGAGAUUUCAAGCAAAAAGCGAAUGGUAUGGGUUACACAGACGCAUUGGGCCCGCAUAAAACCGAGGAAGACGCCCGGCGGUACUUCGAGGACGUGGCAGAGCAUUUUGGCGUCCUAUUAGGUAUGAUAGAGAAGGAAUUCGAACCGACAACUCAAGAACUGGAGCUUCAACUCUCUUAUGGACAUAUUGCUUUCGACUUGCUCAGAUACUACUUUGAGCGGGAUGUUAAGUACUAUACUCUGCAGAAGGAUGACUUGACCGGAUUUACGCUCAGUAACACGUGCUAUAACAAAGACUCAACAGACGAGGAGAUCCCUGACGUUCCCGAGGGGGAACACGUUCAACUUCCGGCUUUUGUGAAUGGUUUCGAGCUCAAGAGCAAACAAUGGAAAUUAUUCCACGUUGAAAAUAUUGAUGACAUCAGGUUUGACGAGAAAGCCUGGGACCACUUGGUUGUAGACGACGACGUUAAAGGGACUUGUCGAUGUACUAAUAAUGUCAGCAUGUCGCAGCAUCUUAUGUCGGAUGUCAUCACAGGUGAAGGUGGGGGUUUGAUUGCGUUACUUCACGGGCCUCCUGGAACCGGAAAUACGCUUACAGCUGAAGCUGUCGCUGAACACCUCCAGAGGCCUUUGUAUAUCGUCAGCUCCCCGGAAUUGUCAACAGAGCGUUCACAGCUGGAAUCUACGCUGUCGCGGAUAUUGAAAUUAGCUGCCACAUGGGAGGCCGUAGUUCUUAUUGACGAAGCUGACGUGUUCUUGGAACAGAGUCUGCAUGAUUUGAAACGCAACGCACUGGUCUCCGUUGCAUUAAGUCUUGAGUACCACCGCGGUUUCCCUAUCGCGAUCAAAUAUCCUGAGUUAGAUGCCUCGGCCCGGCUUACGAUCUGGCAAAAGUUCUUUGAGCUUGCUGGGUGUCCAUUGUGGGGCUCAGAGUCUAAAGAGUUCGUCGAUGUCGAUGGCAAAGAGCCACGCCGCUAUGUUUCCCUCUCAGAUUUGGAGGUAUUGGCACCGUUCAAUGGACGUACUAUCAAGAACCUUGUCCGGACCGCCCAGACGUCAGCACUCUCUGCGUAA